AUGUUGCAAGAUAUUGGCAAGUUAGAGGAAGUGGGUGCAACCGUGGCACAUGUUUCAUCAAUUACCAAGUACGUAUAUAACCAUUGUCAUCCUUUACCGUUGAUGAGAAAAUUCACAGGUGGUAGAGAAAUUCUUCAUCCAGCUCCAACUCGCUUUACUACUAAUUUUAUUGCUUUGCAAAGCAUAUUAGCUCAAAAAGAUCCAAUAAGAGCAAUGGUAACUUCAAGAGAGUGGACAAGUUCAGCAUAUUCUAAGGAUUUGAAGGCUAGAAAAUUUGUGGAUUUAGUCUUAGAUUCUAGCUUUUGGAAAGAAUGUGCUGACAUUGUGAAAGUUACUGAACCACUUAUACGCUUGUUGCGUCUUGUUGAUAGUGAAGACAAGCCUUCUAUGGGUUAUCUUUAUCAAGCCUUUUAUAAAGAAAGAGAAGAUAUGGUUAGGCGUUUUCAAAGAAAGAAAAAGAAGGCGAAGUCGUACUUGAACAUCCUGGAUAGUCGGUGGGAUACUCAGCUUCGUAAAAAAUUGCAUGCUGCGGGAUAUUGGUUAAAUCCAGCAUGUCAUUUCAAUGUUGAAGAAUUCAAUAAACAUGCAUUGACAACUUCUGGUCUUUUAGAUGUUAUAGAGAGGUAUGCUCAUAAGGAUGAGGAAUUAUUGUCCAAGUUAAAAUCUGAGCUGAGAACUUUCAAUGAAUCUGAUGGUGAUUUUGGAAGGAUCAUAGCUAUUCGGGAACGAACUAAAGUUAUGCCUGAUAAAUGGUGGGAACUUUAUAGUUUUGGUGCACCAAACUUGAGACAAUUGGCUAUUCGUAUCUUAAGCCAAACUUGUAGUGCUUUCGGUUGUGAGCGAAAUUGGAGUGCAUUUGGGCAUAUCCAUUCAAAUAGGAGAAAUCGGGUAGAGCAUAAAAGGUUGAAUGAUCUUGUAUAUGUUCGAUACAACCUAAGACUACAACAAAGGAAUCAAUUGAAGCACCAAAAUUAUGACCCAAUUAAUUUGGAAACAAUGGAUGAUCAUUCUACUAGUUGGGUUUUUGAGGAGUCACCACCAUUAUUAACCGAUGAAGAGGCAAGAUAUUUGAGGAAUAAUACCAUUAAACCAAUUAUAGAUGGUAUUGAUGAAUUGAAUUUAGAUGAGGAUGAUGUAGAUGAUGAACCUCAUAUGGCUAUUGUACCCCAAAAUGAAAGCAAUGUUCUUCAAGGUUUGGAUGGCAAUGGUGGAGAAGGACAAGGAGAGCCUGAAUUUGAUGAUAUUACUUUUAAUUAA